CCAAGUCGGCCUCUCUUCUCCAUUGCUCCAUCUCAUGUCGCUGCCGAAGCGCUCGCGCUGCCAGUGGAGCGGAGCAAAGCAGGGGAGCAGAGCAGGACGUGGCGGAGGGGCGCGGGGUGUCGAGGGGCAAAGCAGAGCGAUGUGGCAGAGCGGCGUAGGGUGCCAAGGGGCGGAGUAGAGUGGCGCGGCCGCGGGCGAGGAGCAAGGAGCCGCCCGUAUAUUUUACUCUAGGAGUAUUAUUUAAAAAACAAUUUAAACGCAUGCAUAUAAAUAGAAAUAUAUAAUAUAAGUGCGAUUUUUCCCAUUAAUCUCUGUCUAACUUUUCUUGGCGAUGUAUUAAUCUCUGUCUAACUUACCAGCCAGCCACUACAAAAGGCGCCCCCUCGAGUGGCCUUCGUUCUCACUCAUCCGUCUCUGCUUUCUCCUGAAGCAGGUCCAUCUUCAAAACACUAGCUAAGCUGCUUAGCUAGCUACCCGCCCCAAGAAACGUUCCAUGCGAGCUCGCAAUUUAGCAGAGCUCGCAAUUGCAAUCGAGCUGAGGCAGUCGUCCGGGGCCUCGUCCUCGCCGCCGCAGUCGCCAGCUGAGGCAGAGCCCCGGCGCAGCCGCCGGGGAGGCGACAAGCGAGCGCGGGACGCCGGCGGCGGGAACCACCCGUCGUACCGCGGCGUGCGGAUGCGGGCGUGGGGGAAGUGGGUGUCGGAGAUCCGUGAGCCGCGCAAGAAGUCGCGCAUCUGGCUCGGCACGUUCCCCACGCCCGAGAUGGCGGCGCGCGCGCACGACGCCGCCGCGCUCGUCGUCAAGGGCCCCGCCGCCGUGCUCAACUUCCCGGAGAUGGCCGCCGCGCUCCCGCGCCCGGCCUCCGCCGCGCACCGGGACGUCCAGGCGGCGGCGGCGCGCGCCGCUGCCAUGGAACCGCCUGCGGUGCCGGGCGCCUCCGCCGCGGCCGCCAUUGCCGCACUGCCCACCUCGGCGCCGGCGCCCCCGGUGGCGGGGCAGCAGGAGGACUACGAGCUCGAGGCGAUCGUCGAGCUCCCGCCGCUCGACGAGGACGCCGCCGAGCUCGUGACGAUCGGCGCCACGCCGUUCUCGUUCCACGACGCUGCGGAGGUGUCUUGGUGCGUCCCGGAGUCGGAGUGGAUCGACGGCGGCGCUGGCUACAUGGCGGCGGCGCACGACGAGCUGUUCGGACUCUGGCCGGACGGCGACCACGGCUGGGGCCAAUCGGUUGGUGCCCUCCUGUGGAACUUGCAAUAAUUUCUGGUCGGUCUGCUAAUCAACUAGUGUGUAAUUAACUCCGAUCCUGUCAAUCUCUUCUCCUCACAGUUUCUUCUUCUCUUUCUUCUGAAUGAACUGUAAAUAGGGAGUUGCAACAUCCGACAUGCUGUAGUUUCAGGAAAAAAAAAAGUUGGCAACUUGCUAUUACUUCAAAAAUAAGUUGCUACUUGCAGCUGGGGUUGAAUAGCUGUGUGAUCUUUCGGCGUCUCUUUCAUCGCCUUUUGUCGGUUUGGAACACGCUUGUCUUCUGAGUUCUGAACUUUUCUUUCUGCUUAAUGGGCGCUAUUGUUGGCCUAAUAAAAAUGUACUCCCUCUGUCAAUCAAUAUAAGACGUAUUUUGAUC